AUGCAUAUCGCCCCCUAUGCACAGAAGCCUAGUCGGGAUGAUUGGAGGGGAGGUAUGGAUGCCAUCACUUUCUCUCUGGAAUAUCAGAAAUCCCUCAACAGAUCCUUGCUGGAGAUCCAUCAAGCAGCUGGAGAAAACUCUGACCCUCAUCAGUGUGAUUUCCUAGAGCACCACUUCUUGACUGACAGUCAUGACACCAUAAAGAAGCUGGGUGACCAUGCCGGCAGCCUGACUUGCCUCAUCUCUUCUGACCCGCAUGGAAUGAUGGGAGAGUAUCUGUUCGACAAGCACACUCUCUGAGUUUUGGUGCCAACAUUCAAUUUGAAAAUGAGUUGAAUGAUUCCUGUAGCAACAUUUCAGUAUCCUGCAGUAGUCAUGAUAUGAAAUUUCAAUAAGACCCAGCCAAAUGUUUUUACAUCACACUUUAAAAUACUUCUAGUGUACAAAUACUGUGAUAUUUUUGCUAUUUACAGUAUGAGGACAGUACCCUUUUAAUAUCUCAUCAAACACCAGCCUAUAAACAUUUGAUUUCAGCUUGGGAGAGAGGGAGAGAAAAUGUCUCACUUUUAAACUUUAUACCUCAACCAUCAAGUUGUUACAAAUCCUGGUACUUGAAGUCAAUAUGGCAAUAACAAUACACACUGAGCAUUCCAGAGAGAAGAUUGUUGUUCUAACUGUAUACCGUUUCAGCAAGUAACUCCUAGAUGUACUGUAAUCUUGACUUCAGUAAUUAUUUUUU